AUGGCAGAUUUUUUCUUCUUUAAUGCUGUAUUGUGGUUUUACUGUUUUGAAACACUAUAUGAACUUUCGGAUGAUGUAAAACGAAAGGAAUGGCUGGACGACUGGUUGGGUUUUAUGCAUCGAAUUGGCAAACCAGUGACACGAAUACCAAUAAUGGCAAAACAGGUAUUAGAUUUAUAUGAGCUUUAUCGUUUGGUUGUGCAACAUGGCGGUCUUGUUGAAAUUAUUAACAAAAAACUUUGGCGAGAAAUUACAAAAGGUCUCAAUUUACCAUCGUCAAUUACCUCUGCCGCAUUUACACUUCGCACUCAGUAA